AUGGCGAACAAUCUUUCACCGCCCGGGUCGAGUUCCUACUCGUCCAAUACCAUGACGGUAGGCGAUGGAACUUGGGACUUUGAGAAGAACUCGUUCCUGCUUCCCAAUCUCCAGGGUCUCAACUUUGAGACUAUGCGAUACAAUGGCAUGGGCAAUCGCUUCUCGACCUUGACCGAAUAUCACAGUCUCAUUCUCGGCCACGGAGUGAUAGCUGCCAUCACCUUCCUCUUUAUCAUCCCAAUUGCCGUCCUCAUUGCCCGCUUCUACUCCCGCAAGCCGGGAUACGCCAUCCGAUAUCAUGCAUACCUUCAGGUCCUCACUGUCGGUUUCAGCACUGUCGUCUUCGUUCUCGGUUUCAUCGCUGUCGGUCCUCCCCGAAACCUCACAAACCCACACCAUGGCAUCGGCGUCGCCAUCUACGUCAUGAUUCUUGUUCAAGCUUUUGGUGGCAGUCUUAUUCGCAAAAUUACCGGCCAUUCCUUCCGCCUACAUCUUCAUCGUUGGAUGGGCCGCGCUAUUGCCAUCCUUGGUAUCGCGCAGGUGCCUCUUGGUCUGACGCUCUAUGGCUCGCCCAAGUACUGCUUCGUUCUCUAUGCCGUUUGGAUGGGGUUUCUUCUCUUUCUGUACUUCAUUUUUGAUUACAGAGACAAGGACCGUCGCGAGUACUAUGCAAGUGGCACCCGCUCUGAGGUUACUGGAUACACGGAUGAGAAAUCGGAGAGCCACCACCACGGAAAGAAGAAAUGGCUCGGUCUCGCAGCCGGUGCCGGCGCAUUGGCUAUGCUCCGUGGUCGCAAGCGUAACCGGGACGAGGAAAUGGCCCUGGACCGCAGUCCCAGCCCAUAUCGCUCGCAUGCUCCCCACGAUGGGGAAACUGAAGUCAUCUCUUCACAUGGCAGGCACGACAGCUAUCACGACGACAAGUAUACCGACGUAUCUUCGCGACGCAACACAGGUGGAGGAGGUGGGUGGAUGGGUAAGCUGGCUGGGCUUGGCGCCGGUCUUCUGGCUGCCAAGUAUCUGAAGAAGAAUCAUGACCGCCGUGAUGACGAAUAUUCGGCCGUCUCAACAGAAACACCCAGCCGUGUUCCUCCGCGGAGGGGAGGUCCGGCACCAACCGAAAGCGAUUAUACCGAUUACACCGACUUCACGCGGACGGACAAUCGACGAAAUUCCAAGCAGAACCCGGUUAUUCUUCCUUCCGAAGUGGAGAGCGCUGCAGAUGACCGACGUCCUUACCGACCUGGCACACCACCGCGCUCGCAUGCUGGCCGUCGUAAUUCGCGAUUCGAGAGCACGAUUGCCUCAGACUAUUCUUCCUACGUUAGCCCUUCUAGAAGAGAAGAGCCCGAGAAGAAACGGAACAGCGGGGCUGGGAAGGGUCUGUUCGCUGGGCUUGGUCUUGGCUGGUUCGCCAAAAAGACGGUGGAUCGCCGUGCAGGAAAGGAAGAGGAUCGGAUAAGGGAUGAAGAGGACAGACGAUAUGAAGAGGAAGAACGCAGAGCUGGACGUCGGAACUCCAAGUACACUGGUGAUGGCUACCCCAGUCCAUCCAGACGUGACUCUCAACGUCGCCCAGCUGCCAUGCGUCCAGCAGCGCCAACAGACAUCACCAGCACGACCGGAACUUCGCUUCUUUCUGACGAGUUUUCUUCCAUGGAGCCGCGAGGACAUGCCCCUUACGAUCCAGCGACCGUGAGCGGUGGAGCUCGACCACCACCUGCACCCAUCCCGGUUGCAGGAGGUGCUGGUGCGCCGCCUACGAUUAUUCCCAUUACCCCUGGACCCUCCGGUAACCCAGCUCCUGGAAAUGGCCCAAUUGGCAUGCCCCCCAUGCCUCCCGACCCGCGCGGCGUUUUCUACCCACUGAGACCCCCGACCGAUACAAGCAGCAGCGACCUGACAGAUGUCAAUGCUGAUAGGCGACGACGAGAGGCUGAGGCGGCGGCCGCGGCAGCAGCUGCAUCCGCCAGUCUCCUGGCCGCACAACAACAAGAAGACGACCGGCGUCGCAAAGGCGGCCCUUCUGACCAACCCGUUACUAGCGUCAAGGUCAAGCUGCAGAGCGACAGGGAUAGGAACAUCACUCUGCGUAGGAUGACGGACGAGGACGCCAGGAAGGACAACGGCAACAACCGGCGCCGCCGAGGCGACUCGGUUAGCAGCAGCCACUCGGAAUCGGAGCCGAGCAGCGGCAGGCGCUAUCGCAGGUCGGAUCGCCGCGAGAGCAGGAGUUCGAGCCAGCGAGGAAGAGCCGAGCGGGCCGCCGAGGCGAGGGUAGACCCUUCUGUCAACCCAUUAUAUCCGGCCCCUCUUAACACGGGCGGUAGCGGUACACCGAGGCAGCAGGCGUCCCACGGUGGAAGCAGCGGGCUGCCGCCGGAUUUCGAUGACCCGCUUGGGAAGGACUCGCCGCCGUAUGCGGGACCGUCGGGCCAGAUGCCUAAUGCCGCGGGGACCAUUUCUAGCUUGGAUAGUCCCGGGCAGUGGAGCGCGCUGAGCCCGAGCGGAGCGAGCCAGAAUCCGAGUGGUGUUGCAAGCCAGAAUCCGAGUGGUGUUAAGAGAGAGGUGUCGAGUGCGGCGGAGAGGAGGCAGAGGAGGAGGUUUGAGAGGAGAGAGGGAAGUAGGCAACGAGCUGCUGCGGAGUCAUCGCUUGGAGGAUCGCUAUAUCUUAUCACACGCGACGCGCUUCCUCCAUCUUCUACACCACUACACCAAGACAACUCUCACCAACCGCACUACGCGAUCAUUGAUACCGGCCAACGAAGCAACCGCGACGCCAUCAAGUCAGCGCAGCAGUACAGAAGAGAAAGCAACAUGUCAACAGACCAAACACAACAACCAGAAGCAAUGCCGUCGUCGUCGGCGCAACCGCAGUCUCAGUCGCAAUCGCAACCGCAAGGACAAGCCCAAGAAACGAACGGUCACGGUCAAUCCCAGACCCAGCAACAAGAACCACAAUCCACCACAAACCAAACACAAAAUCAACAACAACAACAACAACAACAACAACAACAACAACAACAACAACAACCAGCCGACCCCCCCUCCGAACCCUCCUCCCAACCAGCACCACCACCCUCAUCCGAUCAAGCCCAAAACCAACAACCCCAACAACAACCCGAACAACAAGAAAUAACCCCCGGCCCCCGCGCCACCCGCCUCCAACAGCUGUUCUCCACCACCCUCCGGCACACCCUCGACAAGAUCUCGCGCGACAACUUUGCGGCAUGUUACCCGACCAUUGCGGCAAGGGCGCCGGGGACGCUGGAGUUUGUGCAACGGCAGAUGGUUGAGCGGUUGGGGGUUCAGUGUGAUAAAGAAUUCAACUCCAUCCUGCAAGCAAGACAAGUGGUUCCCAAACUCAACGAGCUCGAGACACUGGUCGGCGAAGCGAAUAAGAGGAAACGAGAAGCUGGUGGUGGUGAUGAUGCCACUCCGCCCGUACCACCACACACCCUCCCACCCCCCGUCAUCCUCUCAGCGCACCUCACGCCCCACCUCACCACCACCCAUUCCUCUUUAACCACCACCCUCCAACAAACGCAAUCGGAAAACCACCAGCUGUUUCAAGAGAUCCAAGCGCAACGAGCGGAAAUCGAAGAACUGCUGGCCGUAGUAGAAAAAGCGCUGAAGGAUGUCGAGGGGGCUAAUGAGUUAUUGGAGGGCGUGGUGGAGAAGGGGUUGGUGGAGGAGAUUAGGGGGGUUGAUGAAAAAGUUAAAAAUGUUGGUGUUGAGGGUGUCUCUAUGUAG